UCAACAGUGUCUAUUUUUGCAUCAACGUCUGAAGCACGCCACAUAAGCAAAGGCGAGCAACGACGCAGGCCGAUCGUCUCUUGAAAAAGAGCUUAGCCAAAUUGUACAUCUGAUAAUAAGCGCGGGAACAGCUCCGUUGUGUAAGCCUCACGAGCUUUAGAGUUGCUGCAAAAGUCAUCAUGAUUUCCGAGAACGAUGAACGCCCAAUGAAAAAGCGGGCCAGGAAAUCCUCCUCCACAAGCGAAUCAACUCCUAGAGGCAAAAAGCAAAGGGGUAGGCCCAAAGUGGACACCCAGGAUGAGACCGCUGCCGAUCGUCGCCGCACGCAGAUUCGACUCGCCCAAAGAGCGUAUCGGCAGCGAAAAGAGACGACCAUUACGACCUUGCAAAAGCAAGUUGGACAAUUGCAAUCCAUCAUCGAAAGCAUGAGCUCGUCCUUCCUCCGGUUCAAUGAGCACGCUCUCGCUUCGGACAUCUUCUCUUUCAGGCCGCAAUUAGCGUCGGAGUUGCGUUCAACCACCGACCAAAUUGUUCACUUGGCCGAGACUGCUAAGAAGGUUGGCGAGGUUGAAGAAGAGGAAUGCGAGCAGGUCUCGGUCGACCCCACGCCUCAAACUAAUGCCACACCGCACACUGAACCACUGGAGCUGGAACUGUCUAGCCGUAAUGUUUAUGAAGACAUUGUACGAGCCAGACAGGCCUCGGACCAUACCUCAUCGGACAGAAGUCGCCAUGUUGGCUGGGGCUAUUUCAGGAUGGAGCCUGAUGCGGCAGGUCAAGCGGGGGCUGCGACCGACUACUAUUCAGGGUUUGGAUUUCCUACAGCGAUGGGGAUGAUGCCUACGGAGACAAGCAUUCCAGAACGUCAAUUCCAGUCCUCGGUUUUCCCAUCCUUUCCCUUUCCCAACAACCCCUUGGAUGUUACGGCUCUGAGCAACCCGAUGCCUGGCGAACUCGAUCCACAAGUCAGCUACGGAAACGAGGACAUUGACAACACAAACAACGCCUUGACUAUCACAACACCGCCCUUGUCAAUGAAUUUUUUAUCCGAGCCAAAAAUCAGCUUUCUGCCCACAAAGGAUAAUCCCCUGCGAAUUCCCUUUACCUACUCAUUCCAAGAGACAACCUUUGCGCGGCGACUUCAGCGAGCAUGCCUCGAGCGAUCGUUCCAUCUGUUAUCUACUGCGAAUCUUCGGCCAUCCGCUUUCCUGCGCGUGUUCCGCCUGUGUCGACACUACAGCACCCGCGAAGAGCUGAUCGGUCAAUUCCGGGCAAUCCUGCAACAAUCCGUGUUGGAGCCGCUGGAAUUUGUCAGAUCACCCUUCCUGCAUCUAGGCGGUGCGGGUACGCACUACCCCAAACGCGAUGUUUACGGCAACAUGGUGCCACAAACGUGUGACUCGUAUCUCCGCAUGGGACCGUGGGCCACAAAAACACAAAUUCAACAGCAAGGGAAAAGACGCACGGAGAGUAGCAGCAGCUCGACGACAAACACGACGACGAGCACCGCAUCCACGAGCUCGGUAAUGACACCGCCCUCUGACGACGGUAUCAGCAGCUACGGGUGGGCGAGGGAGUUACAAGAAGAUCUGCGGGGUUACGAAGGCGAGUGGUUUGACUGUCACGACGUCGAAGGCUACCUGGCCGAGCUAGGCGUGCACAUAGACGCGCAGGCUUCUUUUGCCGAAGCAGCCGUGCGCACGCUCGAGUUCAUUGCUCGUCAGGCUGAUGAGGCCGCGAACAACGUACACCCGGAUGCUGAGAUUGCGGUUCUGGACGAAUCACUGGAUCAGGAUGCGCCAAACCAUCUAAUGCUGGGGUUGGACCAGCAGAAGCAUCCACAGCAGCAAGCUAGUCCGGCAGCAACUGUCAGCAACGUCAGCAUCGCGGAUUUGCCUGUCAUUGACCCCACGGCGUACGACGGCUGGGAUCGCUUCUAUGAUUUGGACUUGGCGUGGUUGGGGGACAACCAGCCAGGCAAUUUGGCAAACGCUGUGGAUAUGGGGAUGGACGGUGUGACCUUUGGUGAUGCUAUCGGGCGCAAGGAAAGGCGCGAGGUUGUUACGAUUGAUGUGCAAAGAUUGGUCAACAGCCUCAUCAAGCGUUGUGUCUGCAUUGGCCGCGGUCCUGGCUUUAGACGCUCAGAUGUCAAUUACGCACUGCGUGCUGCUAUCAUCGAGGGUUUCUAGUGCCCAACAACGGCAGUCAAGCCCUGGUCAAGCAGGACCGAGUAGCUGGGAGUUCAGCGAACCAGUGCCCUCCCAAACGAUACCGGAGAACUACGACACCGGAGAAUUGGAAAGAAACAAACAAAUAUACCGACAUAUGAUACUAAUUACCAUCCCACCUCAUCUCUUUUGUAUGGCGAGGUUUCUGCUGAGGGCAGCAAUUUCUAUUCGGAGAGCUAUGGUCUCAAUGGCGUGGGAUGUAGCGAGCACCAUUGCCGCUAAGCCCAACGGGACGAGCCAGUGUUCGACUCAAGCCAUCUGGGCAUGCUCAUUUAGCACAGAACCAGACUGAUGGCUG